GAUGAUCACUAUUAUUAUUAAAGGGAAGAAGAAGGUUUCUCCUGACAAGAUGGUGGAGAUGCAGGCGAAGAUCGAGGAGGAGAGGAAGGAGCUAGAAGCCAAGCUGGACAUGGAGGAGGAGGAGAGGAACAAGGCCAGGGCAGAACUGGAGAAGAGAGAGAAGGAUCUGCUCAAAGCACAGCAGGAGCAUCACCUGCUGCUGGAGAAGCUGUCAGCCCUGGAGAAGAAGGUGAUCGUAGGAGGAGUGGACCUCCUGGCCAAGGCUGAGGAGCAGGAGAAACUACUGCAGGAGUCUAACAAUGAGUUAGAGGAGAGACGCAGGAGGGCUGAGCAGCUCCGCAGAGAACUAGAGGAGAAGGAGGCGGAGCGUCUGGACAUGGAGGAGAAGUACUCCAGUCUGCAAGAGGAGGCUCAGGGGAAGACCAAGAAGCUGAAGAAAGUCUGGACCAUGCUGAUGGCUGCCAAGUCAGAGAUGGCCGACCUGCAGCAGGAGCAUCACCGGGAGAUCGAGGGCCUGCUGGAGAAUAUCCGCCACCUCAGCAGAGAGCUACGACUGCAGAUGCUCAUCAUAGACAGCUUCAUCCCACAGGAAUACCAGGAGAUGAUCGAGAACUACGUACAGUGGAAUGAGGACAUUGGGGAAUGGCAGCUGAAGUGUGUAGCGUACACUGGUAACAACAUGAGAAAACAGACCCCCGUGCUGGACAAGAAAGAGAAAGAUCCGUUUCAGAUGGACUUGUCCCAUGUGUACUUGGCCUACACAGAGGAGAGUAUGAGACAGUCACUGAUGAAGCUGGAGAGGCCCAGGUCCUCCAAGAGUAGUAGACCCAAGACUGGACGAAGGAAAAGAUCAGCGAAGCCCGAGGCUGUGAUGGAAUCGCUGCUGCAGUGAGAGAGCCAAUCAGGGCUGGAGCCCCAUGUACUGCAAUGAAUCUACACUGCUUUACCUUAGAAUGAACAGCAGUCAGUCAAUGAAUCUACACUACUUUACCUUAGAAUGAACAGCAGUCAGUCAAUGAAUCUACACUACUUUACCUUAGAAUGAACAACAGUCAGUCAAUGAAUCUACACUACUUUACCUUAGAAUGAACAACAGUCAGUCAAUGAAUCUACACUACUUUACCUUUAGAAUGAACAACAGUCAGUCAAUGAAUCUACACUACUUUACCUUAGAAUGAACAACAGUCAGUCAAUUAAUCUACACUACUUUACCUUAGAAUGAACAACAGUCAGUCAAUGAAUCUACACUACUUUACCUUAGAAUGAACAACAGUCAGUCAAUUAAUCUACACUACUUUACCUUAGAAUGAACAACAGUCAGUCAAUGAAUCUACACUACUUUACCUUUAGAAUGAACAACAGUCAGUCAAUUAAUCUAUACUACUUUACCUUAGAAUGAACAACAGUCAGUCAAUGAAUCUACACUACUUUACCUUUAGAAUGAACAACAGUCAGUCAAUGAAUCUACACUACUUUACCUUAGAAUGAACAACAGUCAGUCAAUGAAUCUACACUACUUUACCUUAGAAUGAACAACAGUCAGUCAAUUAAUCUACACUACUUUACCUUAGAAUGAACAACAGUCAGUCAAUGAAUCUACACUACUUUACCUUAGAAUGAACAACAGUCAGUCAAUUAAUCUACACUACUUUACCUUUAGAAUGAACAACAGUCAGUCAAUGAAUCUACACUACUUUACCUUAGAAUGAACAACAGUCAGUCAAUGAAUCUACACUACUUUACCUUUAGAAUGAACAACAGUCAGUCAAUGAAUCUACACUACUUUACCUUAGAAUGAACAGCAGUCAGUCAAUGAAUCUACACUACUUUACCUUAGAAUGAACAACAGUCAGUCAAUGAAUCUACACUACUUUACCUUAGAAUGAACAACAGUCAGUCAAUCAAUAGUCGAACAUGAAGAUCUUUAUUGUCGUUAUUUAAGAAGAUUUUCUUAAUACACUGUAUAGCCAAGUAAGGUUUUAAAUGUGAAGGGAGGAGAGGAAACGGUUGAUCGGUCAGGGAGGGAGGGAGCAGGCAGCAGAAACUGUACUGUAGGGUUUAGCCAGCGUCCCAAAUGGUGCAGCCUAUUCCCUAUUUAGUGCACUACUUUUGACCAGAGCCCUAUUGUCACCCUAUGAGCCCUGGUCAAAAGUAGUGCACUAAAUAGGGAAUAGGGUGUCAUUUGGACCUGCCCCUUGGACUUCUCAAGUCAAGGGGACCUUGUAUUAUAAUAAGGGGAGGCUUGUUGAGGAUAGUCAGCUUAAUGUUGAUUCUUAAUGUAGUCAUUGAGCACAGUUCAGUGGGCAACACACAGUCUGUGUCCCAAAUGAAACCCUAUUCCCUUUAUAGUGCACUACUUUUGACCAGGGCUCAUAGGGUGUCCCGUAAGGCUCUGGUCAAAAGUAGUGCACUAAAUAGGGAAUAGGGUCCCAUUUGGGACGUAUGAGAUUAGUCUAUGAUGAGCACAAGCCAUGGUUUUUGAUCAGGUCUUGAAAGCGACGACAACAACUAACACUGUUUUGAGAUGCCGACGCCGCCACUUCUACUGGCAGGAUGUAAUGGAUACAUCUGAUGGCCUUUAACAAAAGAACAAUUCCAGAAAUGAUUCAUAUGUGCACCACAGGUCAUAAUGCCCUUAUUUCAAGCAUCAGACUUAUGGGCGUCUAAAGUGAGCUUUAAGCUUGGUUUCCUUUAUGUCUGAAGGGCAGGACAUGCAUGCCAUACCGCUUCCAUAGACGGGUUGGUUGUUUAGCAACAAUACCGACGAGUGCGCAACUAUGAGACAAACUACAGUAUAUUUAGUUUCCAAAUGUUUAUUGAAAACAAAUACAUUUGCACAAUGAGCGCUUAUCUCUAAAAAUGCAUCGUUACAGUUGUCGGUUAGCUAGGGUAUUUUCACCAUGUUAGCAUGGACGUGACAUCAGUCGAAACACCUCCGAAUAAAACGGGAUAAGCUGAAACCAGCCUCCUACGAUUCCCUGCGUAGCAGCUUCUUGUCAUUGUUGUUAGCUAUCUGACUGUCCAGAAUUAUAACACCACACGGACUUCUGCCUUAUCGACACACACAUCAUUUCCCUGAUGUCAGCUAACCCAUCUAUAUAGUAGUGCCAUUCGCCCAUUAAACACUAACUAAGCCAUUUAUUGUCACGCUUUGAUUUCUUCCUUUUCAUCUCAUCGUUCAUGGUGUAUUGUAGUGGAAGCAAAGUGUCUUUAUUUUUGGAAUAUACUGUAUUUCAAAUGUUUACAUCUACUGAGCCCCCCCCCCCUGUAUUUUAGUAAUUUAUUAAAUUAUUGCACAUGUUUAAUCUCA